AUGGCCACCCCCCAGUCGACUACUUCAUAUGAAGACUCCGGCUCCAAGAAGCUCGAGCAGAUUACCUUCCGCUUCUGCUCAGAAUGCUCCAACAUGUUGUAUCCCAAGGAGGAUGAAGAUGCGCACAAAUUGCAAUUUACCUGCCGAACUUGCCAAUAUACCGAAGAAGCCCAGUCUACCUGUGUGUUCCGCAACGUCCUGAACAACUCUGCCGGCGAAACUGCCGGUGUGACCCAGGAUGUUGGAUCUGAUCCCACGGUUAGUUGUCUCCCGCCAGUCAUCUGCCUGCACUGUGGUGUCCCUAUUUGCUGCGAAAUGUGUGGGGACUUGGUCGGAGAUGCGACUUCACGUCAGUGGACGUCAAGGAAGGAUCAGGACGAAAAGGAGGAGAGAGAAAGGCUCAGCCUGAGCCUGUUUUUUUCAUGGAGCGAUUGCGACGAACCCUUUGCCGAAUACGAUGAAGAACUCAUGGACGAAAUCGAAAUGGAACCACAUAGCCCUACCACGACCGAUUCCGAUUCCGUACCGGCUCCGGAGACAUACAUCUCAGAUGACGUCGUCACGGCCCUUGGGAGUUGA